CACUCAGCCCAUCCGACUGGGGUUCCAUUAAAAAAAACCUCCAGACCAGACGGACCAAACACAAAAAUGCGUGGAUGCUGUGGGAGAGAGUUGGACAGAGCACAUAUUCUGGACGGAAACCUCGACGGAGGCAGCAACUCGUCAUCGGUCAUAUCAGUGCAGAAAGAAAGAGCAGUGCGACCGAGUCCAGUGGCAGCCCACGCCUGCGUUAUGAUUUUGUGGCCAUUUUAUAACUAACAGCAUUCCAGCGGCGCCGACAACUGAGCCCAAAGUCCCCAGUUCAGUUCAAGUCCCCAUCCACUGAUCCCAUCCCAGUUUUAAGACCCCAACCCCAAAAGGGCCGGGCCACACACAUCGAUGGUUUAGCUGAUGACGACGAUGAUGACCACCGCUCUGUGCCGCAGGGAGGAGUUGGGGGCCAAGUGCAUUGGAAACGCCGUCUGGUGACAGAAGCGGCAACGGGAGCAGAAUCAACCAUUCGAGAAGGAGGAUGUUAAGGACCGAUCGGACGAUCGAAACCUGUUGGGGUUACGGUACGAAUACACCCAUUUCCUUUCCCGCUAACUCGACAAUAUUUAUACCCUUUAAUACGAGUGGGAAAGGAAAAAGGAUGUUAAGUGUGAUAGAAUAAUAAAAUAAUCCUAUUUUGAUUAAUUUUAAAAGUAUCAAUUUCCAAAUAGGAUAAUGCGAUCUAUAUCAAAUAUGAGAAGCCUAAACAAAAAGCAUAGAGUCUGCCCUUAAAAGCCGCAUGGGAAGAUUAAGAACGCAAUAAAACGAAAAUAAAUAUUUGGAAAAGUCGUAAACUUAUAAUUAGGCAAGUUAUUGCUAAGAAUAUAUUUAUAAUGCGUUAUGAAAUGAGUGAGAUAAAGGCGAAAUGAUAAGCUGGCACAGUCAA